AAUAAGUCAUUGAAAAUCAUAUGGAGCGCAGUUCUACUCUGAAACAUAUGGGGUCACCAUGAGUCAGAAUUGACUCAAUGGCAACAGAAGUUAUUAUAAAAGGCUUUGUUGUUCAAAGCUCCAAUAAAUAUGGAUUUAAUCCCUUUAAUGUUCCUUCAUUCUUUUAUUUUACAACCCUGCGUAUGCCCUUCCAGAGGGAAAGUUUCUAGCUCCUUUGAUGAGGUAGAGUAAGCUUGAUAGAUUGGUGUUAGACCUCUGGUGCUAUACAAAUAGCAGGAAUCUAACUAUAUGGACAGAUAUGUCAAGUGGAUUAGGGAACAUUGUCAAAACAGAUUGUGGUUUUGUAUUAAAUUGGAAAGUCAUACUGGAAGAAUAUAAAUGAUUGAUAGUAGCUGGUGUGCAGUAGCCAAUAAAAGCCACCACUGCAUGGAAAAAUAGCCCUUGACGUUUGUAACUGGAGAAUAAAUCACUCCAAAUGCUUCAAUUCCAGAAAGAACAUUGAAUAUUUUCCUAUAGCCUUUUAUCAUAAUGCCGCUUAUUAUUUUACAUCCAUGUGUCUGUGUCUGAUUCCUCUGUUUCUCCAGUUUCUAAUACAGUGCCUUGUACAUAUAAAUAGGUUUUCAUGCAAACAAGCAAGCAAUCAACCAACAUUUUCUCAGUGUCCAAUUUGUGCCAGUUACCGAACUCAACAUGGAAAAGAGUCAGACAUGAUGCCUGUUGUCCAAGAGACCAGGAUCUAGUGGAAGAGACAAUAAUAAUAAUAAAUAAUAAUAAACACUUAAAAUAUACUGCUAAGUGCUGUAAUAGUGGUACAUAUAGAGUUCACAGGGGGCAAAGACAGGAAUGGAAAUGUUUGAACGAACAUGUUCUUUCUUCAUUUAGGUGACAUUCUGCAGGCUUCGAACUCACCAGUGGUGUUUCAUUCUGUUUAAUGUCAUCCUACUUCAUGCCUUAUUUUUUGGGGCUGACUUUGUGGAAGAAUACUUUUUGCAUUCGUUGCCGUACGUAGAUAUGAAAGUUCUUGAAAUUAAGGAUGAAGCAAGAAAAUUGAACGUGAAACCCCUAAGAAGCAAUCUCUCCAAAUAUUAUAUCCUGAGCCAGUCGGAGGUGUGUAAAGGGAAGAACAUUUUCUUGCUCUCUCUCAUCUUCAGUAGCCCAGGAAAUGGGACAAGGCGGGACCUCAUCAGGAAAACCUGGGGUAACAUGACCAGUGUCCAAGGGCACUCCAUUCUCACACUAUUUGCUUUGGGAAUGCCUCUUUUGGUAACUACUCAACAAGAGAUAGAUAAAGAGUCCCAUAAUAAUAAUGAUAUAAUUGAAGGAAUCUUCUUGGACACUUCUGAGAACCAAACCCUGAAGAUCAUUGCCAUGACACAGUGGGCUGUAACCUUCUGUCCUAAUGCCCUGUUCAUUCUCAAGGUUGAAGAAGAGAUAUUUGUCGAUCUACCAACCUUGGUGGACUAUCUUCUCAAUCUGAAAGAACGCCUCGAGGAGAUCUAUGUAGGAAGAGUUAUCCAUCAGGAUACACCGAAUAGAGACCCUCGUAACCAAGAAUUUGUUCCUCUUAAUGAGUACCCAGGAAAGUACUACCCAAAUUACUGCAGUGGUGAGGCCUUUAUAAUGUCCCAGGAUGUGACUUGGAUGAUGUAUGUAGUUUUCAAAGAAGUACCCAUUAUGGUACCCGCGGAUGUGUUUGUAGGAAUUUGUGCUAAGUUCAUUGGCCUUAUACCCAUCCACAGUUCAAGGUUUUCUGGGAAAAAGCACAUCAGCUACAACAGAUGUUGCUAUAAAUUCAUUUUCACAUCCUCAGAAACUACAGAUGCUGAAAUGUCCCUGGCAUGGAAAGAAAUUAAUGAUGGAAAAGAACGUACACUGUUUGAGACUUACUACGGCCUUAUAUCCUGCAAACUUCUGACAUAUCUUGACAGUUUUAAACAUUCCAUAUGGGCACCAUAAAAAAUAAUGCCAUGUAUUUUGGUGAGUAGGAUUUCUGUUUUUCUUACAUGUCUAUUCAUUUUAAAUUACCUUCUACCCUGCUACAGAAAGCAUCCUCCUUCCUCGGGUUUUAUAGCUUCUCUGAAUCUUUAAUUGUAGUUAAAAAGUUGUAAAAUGUUCUUAGUGCUCUGAUGUACUAGAUCUUAUUGAUAUCUCAAUUUUAAGGAAUUUGUAUUCGUGUAGCACAAUUCUUUUCAAAAUAAAACCUUUCAGAAAAGGGAAAGCAUUAAAUUUAAUUUUAACCAAAAGUCUUGUUUCUCUUUACAAUUAAAUAGUGAAUAUUCUUUAUCGUAUUUCAUGGAACUGUUAUGUCUCAGUGAUAGCCACGGUAACUGAUUUUUGAGAAUCCUCAGAAUGAAAGAAAAACACUAAAUAUGACAUUUUUAUAACAGAAUGUUAAUUUUGCUUGUAAGCAGGAAAUAUUUUAGUAAUCUGAGUGAUGGAACUGAACUUCAUUUCAAAGUAUUAGCCACCUAGUACAUACUAACUUAAACCUCACUAGUGUAGUGGCUUGGAUCUCUAACUUUUUGUAUUAACAACUUUCAUCAAGUCCUAUAAUUAGGCACUGCUUCACAGAUGGGGCACAGCAAGUUCACAUUCCAUAUGAUGUACAUACUGUUAUUUCUCUUGUACAAUUGGGCACAAGAUCAGUGGUUGCCGUUUUGUGGUUCCUGGCAUUUUAGGUGUCGCCCCAAACAACGCACCUUCCAAAACAAGACACUUACUAGCAAAUUUUUGGAUAUGCUACUAAACCUUACUGAGCCUGUUUAUGAACAAAAUCAACCCUGUAGGGUUGAUGAACUAAAGGAUAUAUAUCAAGUGCUUAGCACUGGAUUUGGCCCAUAGUAAGUAUUCAAUUAAGAGGAAGAGGCAGAAUUUAAAAACAUAUGUUCUGAGUUAAACAGCCAAGGUUCAAAUCUUGGCUCCACUUAUUAGCUGUGUGACAUUGGGCAAGUUCCUUAACUUUGCCAUGCCUUGGUCUCAUCUGUAAACAAGGUACGAACAGUACCUAACUCCUGGGAAUGUGAGGACAACAACAUGAGUCAAUACAUAAAAAGCUCUUACAACAAUGCCUGGCACACAGUAAAUGCUCAGUAAGUGUUGGCCAUUAUUAUCUACAAAAAUAUGUCCAAGUAACAAAACGGGAACACAUUUUACACCCUCUCAAAAAGCCAGGUUAAUAUUCUGGUCCUGGGCUGUGUGACCUGUAGAGAAGUUACUUCUCAGUCUUGGUAUCUUCAUUUACAAAAUGAUACUUUACUUGUACAACUGUUAUGAGAAUAAAAUGAGAAAACGUAUGCCAAUUGCCUAGCAUAAAGUAAGUGCUAAGAAAUGGUAGCUAUGAUUAGUAAUAUUAAGUAAUUUGCAAUUUCUCCCUUCAAAUAUUAGACUUGGGCCAUAAUGAAUCACUUGUAGUACCCUAAACAUGUUUUCAUGUCUGUACCUGCUGUUUCCUCUGCUUACUAUGUGAAACCAAAACCCAUUGCCAUUGAGUUGAUUCCAACUCAUGGUAACCCCAUGUGUUUCAGAGUAGAAC